AGAAACGAAGGCGCGAUGAAGAGGAGGAAGAGCAGGAAGAGCAUGAACAUGCAGUUUUGGUGGACGAGGAAGACAGCGCUGUGCGUGAAGCUUCUGCAGAUGAAGACAAUCUCAGCGAUGAGGCAGGCGAUGAAAUGCUGGAAGAAGAGAUGGAAGAUGAAAGGUCUGAUGCAGAAGAGAUUGAUGAAGAAGGAGAAUUUGAUUUACCGCCUCCUUAUAGAAGACCCACGUUCCAUCCACAGCGAGCCAGGCCUCAUCUUGAGCCAGCGAAUGAUGAGAGUGACGAUGACGAUGGUGUUAUACUGAUUGAAGACGCCGGUGAAAUGGAGCACUCGCAUUCAUCGGCAUAUCUAUCAAUUGAUGAGGCACAAGGCGAUGACAGAAGACACCCUGAUAUGGAAACAGGCGCAGCUGAGGCUGGUGAUCUGCGACAAGGUUCCUGCUCAGGUUUGAUGAUUUUUUUUGUUUCAAAAUUGUGA